AGCGGUGGCGACACUGGUCGUUUCCAGGCAAGCGACUGAGAUGGCGAGCACAGCUGCACCUGCAUCCGCCGUUCCCACCCUGGCUCAGCCUUUGGAGCAGCUCCGGCACCUGGUAGAGGAGCUGCGGUUGCUCAUGCCUAGAGUGCGGGUCGGCGAAGCCCAGGAGAACACCGAGGAGUUUAAUCGGGAGACGUUUUGGAAAAGACUAAAUGAGGCAGCUGUGAAAGUAUCAAGGGAAGCCACGACUCUGACCGUAGCCUUCUCCCGACUUCCACUGCCGUCUCCACAGGAGACUCAGAGGUUCUGUGAGCAAGUCCGUGUUGCCAUCGAAGGAAUUAUUGCAGUGUACUUCUCGCUUCCGAAGGAUCAGGGAAUCACGUUGCGAAAGCUUGUACGGGGAGCCACUCUGGACAUAGUGGAUGGCAUGGCUCAGCUCAUGGAGGUGCUUAUCAUCACUCCUGCUCAGAGCCCCGAGAACAAGGACCUUAUUUCCUGCAACACUGUCUGGAUUGCCUGUCAGCAGGUACCUCGGAUACCAAGAGAUAACAAAGCUGCUGCCCUUUUUAUGCUGACAAAGAGUGUGAAUUUUGUGAAGGAUGCAUAUGAAGAAAUGGAACAGGCUGUAGAAGAAUGUGACCCUUACUCUGGCCUCUUGAAUGACUCUGAGGAGGACAGUUUUGGGAAUGGCCAUAGGGUGGACUCUGAUGACCAUAAUGAUGGUGAGGAGGAUGCAUUGGGGUUUCCAAGCAAUCAGGACAUAUACUGGUCAGAGGAAGAUCAGGAGCUCAUAAUCCCAUGCCUUGCGCUGGUGAAGGCAUCCAAAGCCAGCCUGAAGAAAAUCCGGAUCUCAGUGGCAGAGAAUGGGAAGAAGGACCAGGUGGCCCAGCUGGAUGACAUUGUGGAUAUUUCUGAUGAGAUCAGCCCUAGUGUGGAUGAUUUGGCUCUCAGCAUAUAUCCACCUAUGUGCCACUUGACUGUGCGAAUCAAUUCUGCAAAACUUGUAUCUGUUUUAAAGAAGGCACUUGAAAUUACGAAAGCAAGUCAUGUGACUCCUCAGCCAGAAGAUAGUUGGAUUCCUUUACUCAUUAACGCCGUUGAUCAUUGCAUGAACAGAAUCAAGGAGCUCACACAGAGUGAACUUGAAUUAUGAGUUUUCAGGCUCAUUUUUAUUCUCCCCCCCUCUAAUUGUCACAGCAGACACUAAUAUCUGCUUUUAAAAAGGGGCUAGAGUGUUUUCUGGAUCAAAAGGGAGUCCCUGUCUUAACAAGAGAUACUAUUACUGAAGUUUGUUAGUUAGGCUAGAAUGCCAAUUAUUUAUAAACCAUAUGAGUGACAUAUUUUUCUGUGCUAGAUGCAAAAGAUAAUUGCAUGA